AUGCCUUCCUUGACUCAGUAUAGAAAUAGUGAAAGUAGUUGCCAAUCUCCUACAUCACCUCUGUCACAGACAUCAUAUUCACCAGUGCAAUCUCCAGGUCUCCCACCCAAUUCAACUUCAUUAGAAGGAGGGACUUUUAGUGAGGCAUUUUACAUUCAACAGCAAAAGACCAACCAGAUACAACAUCAAUUGGAGCAGUUUACUAUGCUUCCUGAUAAUCAACCAUCAACACUGAGCUCUGUUAACUCCAACUCAUUAACCAAUUUGACCAGUUACCAGACCUCUCCACAAUCUUUGGAAAUAACAGAAGAAGACUUCCAGAGAUUUGCAGCUGCUACCAGUGGCAACCAAGAAUUUAAUGUUUCAUUCUAUCCUUCUGACUUGAACUCACUCUGCUCUCAGCAGCAACAGCUAUUAAAUACAGUAUCAACACAACAAUCCUCGCCACAACAUCAAACCGGCCAUCAGAAACAAGUUCAACAGCAACAACCAUCAUCACCCAACCAUUUACAACAACAACAGCAACAGCAGCAACAGUUAUCUCCACAAACAAGUAAUAAAAUACCACAUAUCAUAUUUACCGGUGCUGAUGAUUUAUCUAGGCAGGAUUUUGCCAAAGAACUUGGCAAUGCUAUCACAGGUUUCAAUGACUUUGACACUGAUUUCUUUCCUGUGGAAGAAGCAUGGAAAAUGGGUUUGGAUCCGCUUGACCUUGAUGCUGUUCAAAUGCUGACUGAUCCAAAUCUUGUUACAGAUGCUGCUACAGAAGAUUCUUUUAAACUGGAUCGGCAGUGA